CUGCUCAUUGCUCCAGUACGUGAAGUGAAUAAACCGAGAUGCCAGUAUCGAUGGAUAGGAAGCAAAGCGCAUUCGCCACUCCAAUCCGUAGAACGAACCCCUUCGAUUCCGACUCUGAUUCUGACGUGCCCUCAAGACCAUCAAGGACACGAUCUGCCCCAGUGCAGCGCACCAACCAAUCCGUGCAAGAGUUGGAGGAAUAUACCCUACAUAAAGCAAAGGAAACCUCAUGCAAAGUAAAGGAGUGUGUUAGGGCCGCUGAAGCUAUUAGAGAAGAUGCUACACAAAUUCUGCUGACUUUGCACCGACAAGGUGAACAGAUCAAUCAGACUCAUCGAGUAGCAGCUGACAUAGAGCAGGACCUUACUGUGGGUGAGAAGCUUUUGGGAAGUCUAGGCGGACUAUUCUCAAGGUCAAGGACAUGGAUGCCAAAGAGAAAUCAACAAAUAAAAGGACCAGUUUCACAGAAUAAUUAUUUCAAGACUACAUCAAACGACAUGGAACAGAGGCAGAAGCUAGGAAUUGUCUCAACACCUCAACAAUCUCCCAGUUCUGUACAUCGGUUGCCUGCAACCGCGAUGGAGAAAGUUGAGGAUGAGAAAGCAAAGCAGGAUGACGCAUUCGCAGACUUGACUAACAUAUUGGGAAGCAUGAAGGACAUGGCACUGGAUAUGGGUACAGAAAUCGAUAGGCAAAACAAAUCACUGGAUGCUUUCAAUGACGACGUCGAGGAGCUUAACUUCCGAGUCAAAGGGGCGAAUCAACGGGGACGUCGGCUGCUUGGGAAGUGAUAUGCGAGUCGGAGUCAGGCUU